AUGGCGACUUUCUUUGGUGAAGUUUUGCCGGUCACUUCUCGAGCUGUAGAUGAAGAUGAAGAAGAAGACGACGUGACAGCUGUUCCUACAAUAGACCCUGUUGUUCGUUGGACUGAAAAUUUCUCUGUAGAGGUCGAGAAAUUGCAAGACAGGAAAAUACCGUGUACAGUUUUUAUCCUUGCUUUGAGUGUAGAGGCAAAUGCUUUUUCAGAUAUUUAUUUGAAACCUUUUGGCUAUGAACCAGUUGGGGAAAUUCUUCCUAACCCAAAAGAAGAUGUGACGUCAUCACAAAGUUCUACCACCGAUAAGACGUGCAGCAUAAACCGUUGUCGCAGUAAUCCUGCAGUCUAUUUGUGCCAGUGUAAAGUUGAUAUUUUGCCAGAACACAGUUAUGCUUGGGUCAAACUGCUAAUCGACAGAUUCGAUUUAUUAUCAGCGGACAUCAUCAUUCUGACCAGCAGUGGUAUGAGUGGCUAUUGUAGUGACCUCCCCUUUUCCGACCUAGAAACCCCAUUCCUCAGAUGUCUGAAAUCCGAAAGCUUUACUGGAUUUCCCAAAUGCAAGAUUUUAGAGCAGCCCAACAUGGUCACUGGAGUGCCAGCACAGUUGAUGACCUUCUGUCAGGUGUACGGGUACAGAGCUGUCACAUACGUCUGCUUCAAGGAGAAGAGGUAUAUGGACAUUGCAGAUAUCAAAGCCUUUAUUCCACUGCUGCAGACAAAAGCUGUUAAAGACAUUACAGAGGUGAACAAGAAUGCAGAACAGAUGCUGCGGGAGGCUGUGAAACUGCAUUCUCUUCAUGAUAUGAUGUAUAUGUGA